AAUCAAAAGAAAAAAAAAGAAAGGAAAAGGUCGAACAAGGUACACUUUAGGUACACUUUCUAGAAAGAUACUUUUCAUACCGCCCUCGCUAGCAUAGCUCGAAGAAAUUGGUGGAAUGCAGGAGAUCCAGAAGAUCAUCCGAUUGCACAGUUAUGUUAAAGCUUAAAGCUCAGCUUAGGCAUGCAAUAGGUACAGGCGAAUAGACUUUAUUCAUGUGAAAUCAUUCCCCUGCAUAGUUUCACUUACGGCACACGUAUAUAUAGAUUUUCGUGAUUUUCGCAAUCGCAGAGUGAAUGGUGAAGACACGUGGAGUUACAUAACUUCCAAUUUUUCACUAUUAUCUAAUCAUCCGCUGUUUAUAUGGAUUAAUAAAUCCGAAGAGUGGCGUUAGCUGAACUACCCGAGGGAAAAGUGAAAAUAAAGUGAAAUUCUUGAAAGAAGCAAAGGUACGUUAGUCCACCGUGGAAAGAUAAGGUUCUGACACAGUUUUAUUUAGGGAUAGGAGUACUGGAAAAUCUUAAUACAGCCAAGCCGGCCAACCAAUCUACGGUAUCAACUACUAAAACAACCAAGCUGACCGUUUGGGAGUUAGCGCAGUGCACAUCCACGGCGGCAAAGUGAAGGCUGAACCGCUGACGUUGGGCUAGCUCAAUAUCGGAAAUCAUUUACGGCUCGUGAAAGACCAACCACCAUACACCACUGCUGGACGUCCGAAUUUCAGUUUGAACCUGCCGAUCUCAUAAAAAAAGCCGGAGGACAUAAUCGUCACCAACCUACGAAAACUUACAAAGGAUUGAUGCAUACAAAUGAAUCCGUCAAAGUCAUCUUGGGCCCAACGAUACACCGAUGAGUUUAACCAAUUACUACCCCUCCACCUCCCACAAGCAAGAUGUCGUCGCCUCCACUGCUGCUGCUCUUACUCCUUUUGUUUUUCUUUGUGGGCUGCCUGCCGCUGUCGACGCUGACGCUGGAGAAUGUUACUUUAGCAGCGGUGCCUGCCCCUGCCCCUGCCCCAGCCUCUGAUGGUGCCGUGGUCACUGCCGCCUCCGGAGUUGCCUCCACCGCUGCUGCGGCUGCUCCAGCUGUCACGGCCAGCUCCAGUACGGCGGCGGCCAUGAUAACCACGGACUUUGAUAAUCUCACGGUGAGCAGCAGCAACAGCAACAACGAUUCCAGCGAUGAACAGACCAACAACGAUAACAGCAACAGCAACUCCCACGCGAACAGCAACCAAAGCGUGGCCACAACCACAACGGCCACUGCCCAUCAGGAUCAACAGGAGGCCACACCCCUGGGACAGGGGUUGGUCCCACCCACGGCUGGCCCUGGAUCCGGCUCCAACGGCACAGGUGGAGGAGGCGCUGAUCCUCACCAGCACGAGAUCAUCGGCUCAGCGAGUCCCACCAAGGGCGAACAGGAAGCUAUACUGCGAGCGCUGGACUGGCUGAAGGAGAAGCGGGCCUCGGACUACGGCUGGGGCAACGACACCCAUGUGGUGAUCCUGGCCAAGGAGCUGUCUGGCGGCCGGGACCCCAACGAGAGUGCCGAUGGUCACAUGCAGGUGAUCCAAGAGCUGGAGGACACGCUGUCCGUGAAGGAAAUGGAAAUCGAGAUACUGGCGAUGCUGGACCGCCACCACACGCUACCCAAACCCCUCAAUCUGGACAAGCUGGCGCGCUAUGUGCUGGCGCUCGGGUCGCUGUGCAAGGACCCCAAGCACUUCCACGGCCACGAUCUGGUUGCCACACUGCAGCACCAUGAGCCGGCCCAGGACAUCGAGUUCGCCCUGACGACACUGUCCGCCUGCAGUUCGGCGGCGCAUGUGCGGAAGCGGCAGAUACGUCGCCUCCUGGACAUCGCAAGCGGUGUGACGGACCAGAGCGUGGACGCCAUUGCCAUGGUCAUACUGGCCCUGCGGUGCAUCGUCACCGAUCACCGCCAUCGCCAUCUCCAGCACUUUGUCCGCCGGCCCGCCCGCGGCCUGGCCAGCCUGCAGGACCAGCGCGGUAGCUUCGGAUCGUUGCGCAGCACGGCCCUGGCCAUGCAGGCGCUGCAGGACCUGGAGUACGAUCCGGCCGGGCACUGGAACCGCACAGCCGCCUCGCGCUACAUUCUCAGCCGACAGCGGGCCGACGGCGGCUGGAGCGAGGAGCCGCUCCAAGAUGGUCAGGAGCCGGACAUCGGUGUCGGCCUCACCGCAGACAUUAUUCUGGCCCUGGGCUGGAAGGGCCUCGGCGCCGUGCGCGCCCUCCAGUGCGAUCAUGUGAUACGGGAGAGCAGCGAUCCAACGGAGAACGGUGAGCCGAAGCUGGCGGUACCAUUUGGCCUGAGCUCUUCGGCAGAGGAGUCAGACGCGAAGAACAUUUCCUACACCUACACGCUCUGGGUGGGCUCCAAUGUGAGCGAGGCCUUCUCCCUAUCCCUGGUCUCGCCGAAGAACACGAGCUUCUUCAAGGCCAUGACCCAGGCGGCCGAAAUGGAUCCCAGAUUCAUCUUCGAGGCGCGCGAAUGGCCCAAUGGCCACUACGUGCACACCCUGUAUGGCAAGAAGGAGGAGCCGCGAGGGUACCACUACUGGCUGCUCUACCGAUUGCCCGAACUACCCGAUCCCAACAAUACGCCUGGGAAUCAGCUUAUUGCGCCUGUUGGUGUCGAUGAGCUAAUGGUCGAGGACGGCGAACACUAUCUAUAUUGGUAUAAGAAACUCUAAGCACGGGGAGAGCAUUGCCUGCCGGCCUUAGACGAAGCUGCAGUUAAAUCCACUAAGCAGAGUCGAUAAAAACACAUUAAAUGCUUUAGCUAUCGGGCCAUACAGACAGACACACACAGCCACACACAUACAAACACACACACAAGUAUAUAAUAUAUAGGUAUAUAUACUGCAUAUAUAACUGAAUAAUAAUGGCGUAAUCAAAAAAUCGAAACACAAACACCCAACAACAGCAGGCACAGGGCAUUGAACUUAAGGGCAUUGAGGUGACGCAAACAGAAAGGUGUACGGAAUUGACGUCACAGCGGAGUAGACUGUGCACACACAUCCCAUCCCAUCCCCCACCCACCCAACCAACCCAACCAAAACUGAUCUCUCGAUUCUCUGAUUCUGAGCGGGAAUGCAGCCGCACCUCAGUCGAAUACUUAUGCAUAGCGAUAACUGAACGAAAUGAAAAAAAGAAAAACAAAUCUAACGAUACAUAUAUGUAUGAAAUGCACCAACAGCAGCAGGCUUCGAACGGUUAACCGCACUAACGGUACCAAUCCGUCCGUUUUAGGCCCCCCGUUUUGAACCGCCUCUCCCUCCAACCAUCCGCAAAAGCUUCGCUUGCAAAUCGCUGCAAUUUCGUUCCUCGUUAAUAGAAAAACUAAACAAUCCCUUACACCCUUAGACCCUUGAAAGAUAAACCGAAACAAACACACAAUAAAAUGAAAUAUGCUUCAGAUAUGUUAAUGUAACAGUAAAACAGUAAA